AUGCCUGUCUGCAUGGAGAUGCCGGAUGGAUGCCUGUUCAGCAGGGGACAUGGACUGGAUACGGGCACCGAGGACGGCCUUGCAGGCAAGAGACGGGAUGUAACCCAUCUAGGAAGCUUGAUCUAUCAAGUCGAGGGUGACGGAGCUGAACGUGCGGCAGGCAUAGCCUUGCUUAAGUUGGCCUGCUUAACGUUGGUUGGAGCCGCAGAUCGCCCGCCAAGACCUUCAGCAGCCCCUGAAGACGAAACAUUCUCGAACGCACUUCAGACCGGAUGUGAUACUCGAGCAGUUAUUAAUGAUACGUCUGGCAUUUGGUGGUAG